AUGAACGCAACCAAACGAAAGUUUAACGCCCUCAUCCAGGGUAUGGGCAAAUCCUCCGCGUCAACACAAUCGGAUGACUCCUUCAGUCUGCCUACCGAGUCUCCUCGCCCAUCGACGACUUCUCUUCAGCCCACCAACCCGAACUCCACGAGCACGACCACGACCGAGACAGCGAACAACAAACCGACCAUGACGGUCGACGAAGACAUAUUGCUGAAGCGCCGGCGCUUGCAGGCGCUGACGGAGAAGAACGCCGCCACGAUGAGGAGUUCACCCUCUAUUCGUGCAACGGGGCCGGGAACAACCGUUACCAACAUUGUACUGAAGAAGUGGACGCCCAACUCGUCCAAGGUGACAGAAGUCAAGCUCGCUCCUAAAUUCGCACCGAGCGACCGAAGCGAGCUUCUCAAGAGACUGGCUUCGUUCCAGGAGAUCACGGACUGGACACCCAAGCCUGAUGCGGUGAACGAGAUCGAAUGGGCCAAGAGAGGAUGGGUGUGUCAGGGGAAGGAUCGGGUACGGUGUACGCUGUGCAACAAGGAGCUUGUCGUGAAGCUGAACAAACGCGAGGUGGACGGCAAGGAGGUGCCUGUGCUCGUUGCAUCGGAUGUCGAGGAAGCGUUGGUCGACAAGUACUCCGAACUGAUUGUCACAGCACAUCUGGAAGAGUGCUUGUGGAGGAAGCAGGGCUGCGAUGAUUCAUUGCUCCGACUAUCCCUGACCAAUGCCAAGAUUAGUAUAGAGGCAUUGCGGUACCGGUACGAUGAGCUAUGUGGAAGGAAACCCUUCCUCCCCUACGAGUUCAACUUGAAGCUCCCCGAGGGUCUCAACAUCGAUAAUGUUCUUACCCAACUACCCGAGGACUUCUUUACAAACCCACCACCCGCCAAGGACUCACCAGACCCCAAGCAGCCCAACAGAGUUGCUCUGGCUUUGGCCUUGACGGGAUGGCAAGGCCUCACAAACCCUCGCAUCGGCGCGGUGCCAAAUUCGGCAUCCUGUAACACUUGCUUGCGGCGCCUGGGACUAUGGAUGUUCAAGAGCAAGGAAGUCAGCGCCGACGGCGAAAUCCUUGUCCCCGCGCCAAUGGACCAUCUCGAUCCCAUCAGAGAGCACCGCUUCUUUUGUCCAUGGAAGAACCCGGACACGCAGCGCUUGGGCAGCGCGAAGCCCGGUGCUGAGUCGGAUAUGGCGGCGUGGAAGUGCCUGGUGCAGGUGCUCAAAAACGACGCUUACCUGCGCGGAGCACUCGAUGAUCGCCCAAAGAAUAGGUGGCACAGCAGAGGAGUCUCUGUACCAUCGACGCCGGUACGCAGAGGUGUUGCGCCGCCUUUGACACCGGGUGGUCACGACUCACCGAGUGCUGCAACAGAGCCGGGAGGUGAAGACGAUGAACAGUCUCGGGAUGUAAAGGACAAGGAGCGCUGGGCGCGUUUGCGAAGGGUGAAGAGUCUCUUCGAGUCGAAGAACGCGAAGAAGAUACGCCGGCAACUGAGUAGGCCAGGGACGGCGCACUCGACUGUCUCGGGAGCUGCAGCAGGCGAUAAGCAGUAA